UAGAGAUGCAUUGAGCAUUGCAACAUGGCAAUUACCGUUGUGUUGCUAGCACUGCAACUAGCAGUUGUUGCUGCAGGGAAGUGCAAUACAGGAUUCUCUGUUGUGGCCCCGGAGGUUGCUGUCCCGGGUAAGACGACAGCUGUUCUUGUUACUCUUCAUGGAAGAGUAGGAGAUGACUUAUUAGAUCCACUCAACGUGACAGUUCGACUCGAAACUCAAGAUGCUAACAAUGACGUCAAACUGCUUACAACCGCCAGUCAAAUGAUCACAGGCUACGGAAUCAUACCUCUCAAGAUCCCAUCGUCCCCAGCAUCUCAUUGCACUCUGCACACCAGUGUCGGCUGCCUCGGUAAUGACGAGUGCACAGCAAAGAGCCACAGCGUUAUAAGACUCUUGGGCCCCGUGCGAGAUGUAAUCGUCCGACCAGCAAGACAUCAUUACAGGCCCGGGGAAACCAUCACGUUUUGGAUUCUUGCCCUGGAUCACGAUUUGCGGUUGGUUAGAGAGGAGAUAGCUUACGUGGCUCUCAGCGAUCCAGCAGGAACGAAGGUUGCAUUGUGGGAGCAGCUGUCGUUAGACGAUGGUGUGAGGAAACUAAGCGCAGUUUUGGCUGCUGGAGCACGUUCUGGAACAUGGAGAAUCGAGGCGUCUUGCGGCGGAUCUUCGGCUCGAGUCGACAUCUCAGUUGGUUCUAGUUUGAGGAGCACAACCCCCGCGACCCCGGCCGCAGAACAACAUUACGUGGAACUGAAAUUUGCGGAUAGCAUGAGAAGACGAUAUAAGCCUGGUUUACCAUUUGUUGGAAAAGUCGAAGCAAUGAGCACGGAGAAGAGAGUGAGCGUUCGCGUGAAGCUUUACGAUGAUAAAACCGACAUCUACAGCCAAGAUAUUGAUAUGUCGACCGGAGAAGGCGGUUUCAUAGUCCCGACUGUGAUGGCUGAUUCACCAUUUAUAAAUUUACAGGCUGAGUUAGUAGCUGUGGAAGGCAAAGAGAUAGAAACACACUAUGUGUUGGCCCGGGAGAAAAUACGUCGGUGGAAUUCUACAACAAAAUGUUACUUGCUCGUGGAAAACUUGCCUACGCCAUUACAGGCUGGUGGAAUUGCAAGCGCUAGUGUUUGGUCAUCAUGUGGGUGCCGUCAGCGUCUGUUAGCGGCGGUCACCAACGGUGGCCGUGCACUGCACUGGGCAGCUGUACCAGCACCGAAAUCUGCCGAUGAAAACGAUUUGUGCCGUUUUAAUUACACAUUUCCAGUGACGGCUGACAUGGCACCGAUCAGUUCUCUGCUAGUUUAUUACGUCACCGAGCUAGGCGAGCCAGUGAGUGACGUAGCCAGCUUCCACGUGAAACUACUACAUAAGGAAGUGGCCGUAGCUAUAGAAGACCGUCGAUGGUGGUACCCACGAACCGCACUACAGCUUCGAGUGCUGGCACCGCCGGAUUCGUUGAUGUGUUUGAUCGGAGCGCGUGCACUCACUGACUCAAGAUUUGAUACACAUCAAGGUGAACCAGAACACGAAGAACAACCCGGGCCUGAGUUCGUGUCAGCGGGAGUAUCACUGUUCGUUGGUGGUGGCACUUGCGGUGGUGGGGUGCUCUACCGACAGAAGACAGUCACACCUCGUGCACCAGCCCAUUUAGUACCGCCCGCGUCCCACGACAGGCUUUGGAUGUGGAAAUGCUUUAAUUAUACAACUCAAUUGUCAACUGAUGGAGUAACAAUAGCGGCGCCUUCAGAAGCUGGGCGCUGGUCUCUUUGGGCACUUUCUUUGUCUAAUCGUGGUCUUCGAUUCUCGGCUCCAAGAACCAUUAACGUCUUUCGUCCGAUACAACUGGACUUCUCCCUGCCACCUGCCCUGAAAGUCGGCGAAACAGUAGAAGUUGACGUCAAAAUCACCAAUAACAUCAACAAUUGUAUGGACGUGACAGCCCUAUUAGCGCUAAGUGCUGGGGCAGCUUUCGCGAGUACUGGUGCUUUAUAUGUCACUGAACGAUUGAGACUCGGCCCGCGUGGUGGGACUCAGUUAGUUGUGAGAGUCGCUGUUAAUACUCCCGGAAGGAAGAAUAUUACUGUGGAAGUAACUGGAUAUAGCGCUGAUAACUGUACGGUGUCUUACACAUCUUUCAACAACGAGACCCUUGUCGGUUCUGUAAUUCGAUCAGCGAGUGUAUUGGUUCUACCGGAGGGACUACACCGGAGCGAUACUCAGAGCGCAUACUUCUGUGCUAACGAACAUCUCGCGGUUUCUUCCCGUGGUUCAUGGGAGUGGCAAUGGGUGGCAGCGCCUCGUAACAGGGCAGGUCUUGUAUUAGAAUUGAAGGCACAGGGCGCAGCACAUGUUGCAUUAUCGGCCGUGAGGGAACCAUCCGAUGAUAUGUAUAGAGUUGUGAUCGAGAGGAGUCGAGUAUGGAUUGCGAAAGGAAAACAUGGUUAUGACGUACACCUUGCCAGUGCGGAACAAACUGAAAGCGACGCAGACUGCUCUGGUGAGGACUCUUGGUGCGCUUGGUGGGUGUGGUGGGAGGGUGGUCGUCUUUCUGUCGGUAGAGGAGCAUCUCCUUCAGAAAGAAGGUUGUUAGUAUGGCCCCUUACAGCAGAUAUGAGGAUAAAGUACGUCGGUUUCAGUGCGCUUUGGGGAGAUCAAGCUGAUUUUAGAAUAUGGAACUUCAAUGAAGAAGCUGGAUUUUCCCAAGUAUUAGAAUUAGGUCUGCCCCAUGGAGUGGUACCUGGUUCAGCGAGUGGGACGUUAUUAAUUUCCGGAGGUCUUCAUCUUCCUUUAUAUAGUUUCCAAACGGAUGCUUCAGAUAUAUGGUCAGAUGUUUGGAAAGAUUCUCAAUUAUCAGCAGCUUCAGCUAGUUUGGCACCGUUAUUAGCAUUGGAACAUAUACCUCACUUAGUGGACGAAAUAGAGAAGGAAAGGAUAUUGAAUAAGCUACCCGAACAGGUACAAAUACUACUUUCAUUUCGUAAAAGCGAUAACUCGUUCAGCGAUCAUCCAGCAGUAAGCAGUCAUUUAUCUACAAUCAAAAUCUUAGAAAUUUUAAACAAAAUUCAAUCAUAUUACCCAGUGGAUCCGGAACUUCUACAAUCCAUAAAAUCUUGGAUACAAUCUAGGCAAAAUCCAGAUGGAUCCUUUACCCCACUUGCUGCAGACAAAGAAGUCGAUUAUUAUCCUGUUGAAAUAAAAAAUGUAAACGGCACAGACGCUGAGUUUGAUGUAAAUGAAUACUAUUAUUAUGACAAAGAUGGUAAUAUGACGCAAGAAGUAAUUGAAUAUGAGAGAACCGUAGAAGUUACAGCAGAAACUUUGGUAUCAUUACUAGAAGUUGGAGUAGAAAAUCAAGUAGAUGCAGAUGUUGCAAAACUAGCGCAAACGUACUUAGAGAAUAAUGUCCGGAAUCUGACCUCGCCAGCCACUUUAGCAGCCACUGUUUUAGCGCUUGUUUUGGCAAGAAGUCCUAUCGUGCCUGAAGCGUUACUUAUACUACGUAAUGCAUCAACUACUGAAGAAGGAGAGUUCGGUUGGCCAGCUCCCAGAAAGGAUGCAGCAGAUUGGCUCCUUGAAGAAACCUCUAGAAACAUCAAAACCACUUCCUACGAAGCGGUUACAAUGGAGCAGUAUGUGGCUGGCGUGCGUGUGUUACUAGCAGCGUGUGCGCGGGGAGCCUUGGCGGAAGGAGAAGCGGCGGCUCGGUUCUUAUACUAUCGGGCAUCAACUUUACAAAGGCAUCCCAGUCUAGCAUACCAAGCUACAAAAGCGGCUGCGCAGUACGCUGCACUGGCUCAUGAUAGACAUAGAGCACUGACAGUAUCUCUGGCUACAGCUGGAAUGGAAUUAACAGACACGUUAGAACUACGCGCGUUGACACCACCUCGGCCACUACAACUGCCAGGUCUACCUACCAAGGUGUUCGUAUACGCCACCGGCGCUGGAUGUGCCACUGUACAGGGCACAAUAUCAUAUUCGACGUAUAAUCCCAAAGCAGAAAAUGCGCUGCUGAACAUCCAAGCAGCUAUUAUUGAAGAGAUAAGACCUGAACGAAGCAGCAUCGAAGAUUUGCAAGGAAACUUGCCGACAUUGAUCAUUAAAUCUUGCUUCAAAUGGAAAGGAAAAGAGCGCUCCGGAAUUCUUCGUUUAGAAUCUUCUCUUUUCUCUGGCUACGAGUUACAUUCAGUAAAUCCUGUUGUUCUUGAUGGGGCUACGUUUGCUGACUUACAUUACGGUUCGCGUGGCGAAUCAGUGUGGUUUGUGUUUACUAAUAUUAGUUCCACUUGUCCGGUUUGCGUAACUUACGAAGCGAGAUCAAAGUUCGUCAUAACAAGCCUCCGUCCAGCAUUUGCUAAAAUUUAUCCUUCAAGCAGACCAGAUUUAGCUGUUGAAACAUUUUUCCACGCAAGACCCGGAAGUCCUCUGUUAAGGGGUAUCACAGAUGAUGAUUUUAUAACUUGGUUCGAUAAAACCCAACGCGCUAGUCUAAAAACAAACACAAAUAUUGACAAUAUUUGUGAAUGUGGUCGUAUAUGUAGUAGAGAUUAUGAAUUUAGAAAGGAUUACAAGAAAAUGAUGGAAUCAACAACAACAGAGGAGACGACAACAGUAAAAAUUACAGAACCAACUUUAACAACAGACUAUAAGAUAUCAACAACAGAUGUAGUAACAGACAUUCAAAGUGACUUACCUUCUACUUUAUCCUCAACUUCAAUUACCAUAGAAACCCAAGAUAUAUCAACAACAAGUAUGCCAGCCCCUGGAAAUGAUACAUCGAAAGUUUCUAAUGCCACAAUAUCUAUAAAUACUGACGAUCCAAUAAUCAUUCCCACUAUAACAUACGCAACGCAAACUGAAAACCAAAAUAUCAGUAAUAACAUUCUGCCAGCUGUCCCUAUAAUAAACGGUGAACUCAUCGUACAAAAGCUUCCUGUUAAUAAAAAUUAUGCUAAAAAACCUGACUUCAGUAAGAAACCAUUGCCGCGACGUAAAGGUACAUUAAAAGCAACCUACGGGGAUAAACAUGAAAAGUUCUUUUCAAAAUCUAAAAUCCCUGAUGAUUUGAAUCUUAUAAAAACUAUAAAACCGGUUUAUCAAGUUACCGAAACUUCUACAAUAAAAGGUUUGACUACGACUACGUCAACACUAAAAGGUAUAACUAGUUCUGAAGCAAAAACUCCUGAACACGAUAUUUCAUCCACUAUGAAGACGGAAUUGAGGACUGUCACAGUAUUUAAUACAAAUUCUACUAUUAUAACUCCAAGUAGUGUAACUGAAGACAAAAUUAAGUCUAAUAAAACUCUUAUUUUCACUCAACCCGAAAUAACUACGGUCCCCCACUCAAUAACAGCAAUCACAAAAAGCAAUAUUAAAACGAUACACUAUAGGACUAAGAAACCUAAGCCUAAGACACAAAUUAAGAAGCCCAACAUAAAUACGAAUAACACUAACGAGAAGCCUCUGAAAAAUAAUAAAACCACAAAACCUGAGAUUGUUCUUAACACGACAAAAAUAAGAUUGGAUUCGACCGAAAAAUAUGUAUCAAAAUCCUUAAAAUCUAUCAAUAAGGAAAUUCAUAAAAUACCGUUCACACCUGUUUCAGAAACCACUAAAUCAAACAAUAUCCCUACGAAAUCAGAUAUAGCACCUGAAAAUAGAGAAGGGUACGAAAUUUUAGACAAAAAUAAUCUUUGGGAGCUUCUUAAAGAAGGUCCGGAUGAUACUAAAAUAGAAGAUAAAAUUAAUGUUCACAAUCGAUUGAACGAAGUGUCAUCUGUCAAUAAUCGUUCUUUAUAAGCAGUGUUGUUAUGUAAUGUUUAAGGCACAAAGACUUUUCGCAUAUUUUUAUAUUCACGCCCAUAACAAAACUAUUAAAAUUUUACUGAAUAAACUUCAAGUCAAAUUCCUAGCACACUCGUUGUUGAUUGUUAGGUUAAUACGCACUAAUUGUUUAUAAUUUUUUAGGUAUAUAUGUAUUGUAAAUAAGGGAUAUACUGUAAUGAAUAUGAGAUUUGCGCUGUGACUGUAUAGAUGUAUGCCUGUCUGAAAUCAAAAGCUGAGUCUGGAAAUAAGCAUGAUCUUCUAAAUGCCAAAAAUAAGCUUCUUAACACAAUUUAUUUAAAUCAUAAUUCUAAAUCCCAAAAAUCUUAAUGUCCGUACAUCUAAAUCUAAAUAAACUAAAGGAUUAGACGUAAGUAGAAUUACUAAUCAGUUAAUUUGUACUCUUAAUUGUAUGUAAUCUAAGUACUUAGAUUAAUAUCAACAGUAUUUUGUAAUAAUAUUUACUGUUUAAGUCAAAUGGUUGUAUAUUUUAUUUCUUAGUAUAAAACAUCUUUACUUAAGGUACUUGAUGUACAUAGUUUCCAAGUUGCCAAAACUAUAAGACAAAAAUGUCAAGUCUUUUAAUGUCCUUCGUAUUCGUAUUUACCCUUUAGUGAUUAAAACGUAGACUUAGCAUAAUUAUGCGAAUGCCCCAGAAUUUCCAUCCGACUAAUCUAUUCUCCUGUAUCUAUUAUAUGUAACGUAGUAUCUUUAGUAGCUGUUCUUAGAUGUCUUACUUUAUCUUUAUUAGAUGCUAGAAUCAUCUAGUUUUACUAUUAAAUAUAGUAGAUUCGAUCUUUUACCCCCUCUUAAUUUAAUUCAUAAAUGACUAUAAAAAUUACUCAAACAUCUUUCUUCAUCUUUUUGUCUUAGAUAUCAUUGUAGAGAAAUAAUUAAAAUUUAUUCUGAAUAAGAUACUUUAAUGAAUUCUUCUCGUACCUUUAUGGAUUAUGACUGUCUUUUGGCAAUAGUUAUGGCUUGUAUUUUUUCACGUAACAUAGUAUAUAAUAUGUAGUUAUAUAAAUUAUUUAAGUGUGAUAAAUUAUGAAUUCGUUUAAAUUAAUGUACGGUUGUAUGAAAAUAGGUGCUUGAGUGGAGGAUCCUUGUCAAUUUCAGAUGUAAAACGCAUUUCUGUAUUAUUAAAGUUUAAUAACUUUUUUGUGCUUAUCCAUAAGCUAGUCACUUAUUUAAAGACAACUUGAUGUACUGACACAGAAUUAGAUCAGAUAAAUGGUAAAACAUCAAA